CAAUAGUUAAGAGGGAGUUUACGAAUGCGCCUUUGUUUACAUCAGUGUCAGGAGGAGUCCCGCCCGUGUGUUCUGUGUCAGGUCACUGUCAGCCUGUCUUCCUCCCUCCCUGCGACGCCAUGGUGUGCGAGAAAUGUCAAAAGAAGUUGGGAAAGGUGAUCACCCCUGACACCUGGAAGGCUGGGGCACGCAACACAACUGAGAGCGGUGGACGCAAGAUCAAUGAAAACAAGAUACUCACCAGCAAGAAAAACAGAUUCAACCCUUACACCGCAACCUUUGCUGAGUGUCGCAUCUGUCGCAGCAAAGUGCAUCAGGCAGGCUCACACUUCUGCCAGGGGUGUGCUUACAAGAAGGGAAUCUGUGCCAUGUGUGGCAAAAAGAUACUAGACACCUCUAGCUACCGACAAUCCUCUGCCUAGAGUUUGUGUGAGUGUGUUAUGAUGAUUGAUACAGUAAAAGUCCUUUAAUCCAGAAUGCAGGGGGGCAUGAACUCUCUGGAUUAGCAGAUUUUCAGGAUUACCAGAAGGUAAGGUAAAGUUGUGAGUGUACGAUAUAGCUGCACUUGUCGCGGUGCUCAUCUAUGCCCUGUUGUCUCUUUGAGCCUGUGGUGGGAGGGAACCUUAACCUGACACAGGGCCCGUGUAACAUCCGGGUUACCACAGUUUACCUUCCCCAGGUUUCUUUAGGUACACAUUAAUCGACCAUCCCAAAAGGAAGGAUGAACAGCUGGGUGGGCUGCAUGUUGACUGCUGAGGCUGGGAUUCAUACCCAGAUUUUCAGAGUCAUAGUCAGAAACACUAACCACUGCAAUGCAGAGAGCCCAAAAAGUUCAAAGCACACCAUGCAGACACACAUGAAAUCCCACCCUAUGUCAAUAAUUACUGGUAGUUUCAAAAGCUCUGAUGUCCCCCAGUCUUUUUUUUUAUUAUGCCUUAAAAAUACCUUAGAGUGACUAAAAACACUGCAAAACUAUAGUCAGACUCAGCUAUGAAGUCCGGUUGGGCAGGGCUUGUUCGGGAAGUCCCCUGGCCAUAGCACUGCCAAAUCUUAAUUAAUGUGUACAGAAUGUUUGAUGUUUUGAUUUGAAUAUUGAUACACAACUUCAAAUAGUACAUAGCUUAUGUAUGAGAGUGAUGCAUCAGGGGUGAUGAGCAGCACUGUGAAGAGGUUCAGGCCCCACCCAAAAGGAUUUCAUAUUUGUGUCAAACUACAGCCGUAAAGCACUCUAAAACCAGUGUGUGUACACACUACUACUCACCAGAUGGUUUGGUGCACCACUUUUGUCUAUUUUUUUAUAUUUUUCGUUUUUUCUGCCCGUUCUCAAUUGUACCCCAAAAAAGCUAAAAAUGACCCUCAGCUGAAAAUUAUAAACCAUCGGGAUUUCCAAACUAUUGGACGCUGGAUUAUCGGAUUUUUACUGUAAUAGGAAUAUUAAAUGGAUUAUUUGGUGGUGUCAGCCAUUAGGCUGAAAGUUUACUUAUUACAGACAACGGAAACAAACACUGACCUAGUUAUCUGGGAGGGUUGCAGUGAUAGGGGAUUUGUGAGAAGUACAGCAUGUCAGUAAAUCCAUGACUGGACGACAUCUGUCGUUGGUAAUCCCGGUCAGUGUGAGGGUUAUAUUAUAAUGUGUGUGUGUGUGUGUGUGUGUGUGUGUGUGUGUGUGUUUUCAAUGUCAUGAAUUUCUCAAAAAUCACAUUUGUCUUUUCCUCAUGUAUAAAAAAAGGUUACUUUAGGGUUUUUGUAUUCUUCUUUUCUUUCCUCUUGAAUGAUGUGUGUAUGUGUGUAUUUACCUAUUUGUAGUAUGCAGGGCCUGAGCUCAAGCUCAGAUAGUCCUGUCUCCCAAUCUAUAUUUGUCCAAUCUAUAUUGUGUGUGUGUGUGUGUGUGUGUGUGUGUGUGUGUGUGUGUGUGUGUGUGUGCACAUGCAAGAUCAAGAUCCUGUUUGCAUAAAUGUGUAUGCAUACUUGGGUGUUGGCCACAUGUCAGACAAGGAAUAGAGAUUCUGCUUUUACUGGUAUAUAUACAGACUAAUAAAUAUGGUGCAAGGAGUAUUUACCCUGAGUUAGAGUAGAUGUUUAGACAAGGCUUCACAGAGUAGGGAAAAGGAGUAAAUGGUAGACAUGUGUGUGUACCAACAGUGCAAUUGACAAAACUUUUGUAUUAUCAAGAGUAUUUUUAGUGUGACACAAACCUCUUGUAUAAAUCUUAAUACAAAAUAAUAUAUGUAUUUGAAUAAAAUAGUACAAAUGUUA